UAUUACCUCAUACCUGUCUUCCCCCCCUUUUUUUCUUGACCUUGUUUGUCGAGUUUCGAAUUCCAGUUCUAUAAAUUUAUUCAUUUCAAAUUCAAACCAAACAAAAAUUCGUACUCGAAGAAAAUCUGUAUUAAUAUACCUACCUAAAACAAAUUCAAAGAACUGUGAUCGACUAUCAAAGUAGUGUUUAAUUUUGUUAUUUCUAAAUGGCGAAUCCUGUCGUAAAACCUGAAGUUCCCUAUAAUGGGAAAAUUCCUGGAGGAUUGGUACCUGGAAGAAUGUGUAGAAUUCAAGGAGUGAGCCAUCCUGAAGCUGAUAGGUUUGACAUUAACUUCCAAACAGGUCCCAGUUCAGAUCCUCGUGAUAAUACAGCUUUACACCUUUCUGUACGCCACAAUCAGGGUUACAUUGCAAGAAAUUCUUAUAAAGAUGAGGAAUGGGGUGAUGAAAUGGGAGAUGGAGAUCUUCCAAUUGGUCACACAGAACCUUGGGAAAUUCUGUUUUUAGUAGACAAAGAUGACUACAAAAUUGCUAUAAACGGUCGUCACUUCACAGAAUUCCCUCAUAGAAUUCCCAUCUCUGAAGUAAAUUAUCUCCUUAUAGAUGGCACCGUAACUAUUACUCUUAUCUCAUGGGAGGGAAUGAUGGGCCUAGGAGGAACAGAAAGUGCAAGCAAGGCUGCCCAAGUAAAUUCUCAAGGUGGCCCGCAAUUUGGUGGAUAUGCUCCUCCUCAAGGACAAGGUGGAUAUGCUCCUCCUCAAGGACAAGGAGAUUAUUCUUCACCCCAAGGACAAGGAGGAUAUUUUCCUCCUCAAGGAGGUUAUGCUCCUGCACCUGGGUAUGGAGCUCCUCCACAAGGUUAUGGACCCCCACUACCACCAGGGGCACAACCUCAACAGGGUGGUUUUGACUUCUUAGACACCGCUCAAUCAUUUUUAUCGGGAGCAAUCAAAAGUGGCGCUGCUGCAAAUAUUCUAAAAGGGUUCAUGUCAUCAGGAUCUGAACCAAAAGGACAGGGAUAUGCACACCAAAAUGCUAAAUAUGGAAUAUAUCCAGACCUCCCUCAAGACACGAAUUUAAAUAUAAAUCCAAACAACCAACCCAGCCCUGUCGAAAAGCUACUUUCAGGUUUACUUUCUGGUGGUAAUAACCAACAACAAGCUCCUGGAACCAAUCCGCAAGGUCAACAAAAUCAACAAGUCGAUAUUGGUGCCCUCCUUACGAAUUUAUUAAGUAGCCAUCAGUCAAGUCAAGCAACACCAUCCCAUGGGGCACCACAAACAAACGCUCCAGGCGCCCAACAAGGUGGCGAUAUUGGUACUCUCUUAACAUCAUUAUUAUCCGGUGGCAAUCAAGGUGGAAAAACUGGAUCACAAGGACAAACUGGUACUCAAAGCACACAAGGAGGUCCAGAUUUAACCAACCUUUUAUCUGGUCUUUUGUCUGGCACUGCCACUAGACCUUUGCAAGAAAAUACUGGUAGUGGUGCUCGUCAUCCAUCCACUGGAAGUACCCAAUCUCAAGGUCCUGAUUUAGGAUCGCUACUAUCGGGUUUGCUUUCCGGUGGUUCCCAACAGAAUCCUCCUGGUCCCCCGGGUUACCAAAGUCCCCCAGGGUACCAAAAUCCCCCAGGGUACCAAAAUCCUCCUGGAUAUCAAAAUCCUCCUGGGUACCAACAACCACCAGGUGGUGGUCAACAUUCUCAAGGCGGGAUUGAUUUGGGUUCUUUGUUGUCUGGAUUGAUGUCAUCAACUGGAGGAACUCAACAGCCUGGAGGUUAUCAACAACCUGGUGGGUACCAACCCCCAAGGACAGGAGGUGGUGGCUCUGCUCCACCUAGAGACACACCUAUUUCUCAUCCACCAAGGACUGGUCCAACUCGCACACAGAAUCCCGCUAAACCUGGUGAUGAUAUUGUUGAUGUGACUGAUGAUUUAGAGAGAGAAAUGGGCCGUACAGCAGCAGGUGGCGUUACUAGGCAAAGGCCUCAGAGUGGUCCAGCUGAUGAGCAAUAUGGUUAUUAUCCUCAUCCUCCUCAGGACCAGAGGGGACCACUUGAAAAUUUGCUUUCUGGACUACUGUCUGGAGGAGGAGGAACUGCUCCUCAACAACCACAUCAACCCCCACAAUUUGGUGGAGGUCCAUCUAUUGGUGGCCUUGGCAGCAUGAGUGGCCUUUUGGACAAUUUUCUCCAUCCACGGGAUCAAAACCCACGUCAAAACUACUAAACUCCAAACUCCAAAAAUCUAGGUUCAAAGGCCUAAAAGCAGCUUAGGGUGAUUUAUAUUUAUUUUUGUAUUUUUUUUAGUUUAAGUGCAUACAAUUGAAAUUUAUGAGUCUCAGGAUAUUGAAAAUUAUAAUUAUUGUUUAUUUAAAAGUCAAUCGCACAGUUUUAAGUAGGCAUGGAUUAGUAUUAGUGCUCAUAACGAGCUUUGUAGAAAAUAGACAUGGUUGUUAGAUACAAACGUUAAAGCAUUCAAUUUUCGCAGUAUGUGGAAAAAAGACAUUUCUACUAACAUGUCAACUUAUACCAUUAUAUCUGCAGGAAAAUUUAAACUACAGCUAUGUUUCGAUUAUAAUAAAACUAUAUAUUCUCUUAAUCAGUGCCUAAAAUAAUUCACACUAAUUUAUGUAAAAAAAAAAUAGAAUUAGGUACCCACUUUAAGGUAU